CUUUCUGGGUUCUGCCCCACGAAAUCUCCAUUGAGUCGCCCUCUUUAAAAAAUAAACCCGCCUCAGCGACUUUCUCCCUCUUCCCUUUCAUCAUAUCUUUGGUAGCCAUUGGGAUCUGUCGUCACAAUGGCAGAGAAAUCAGGCGUCACCGGCGCCGACUUCGAGUUUGUUAAAACUCCUGCUUAUCCCAAGCCUGACUUUGACAAGCUUGAGGAUGUUGGUGUUCCUACUACCAGGUAUCCCGCCAUCAAGAACGCUCCUCUUCCUGCCGAUGGCUCUGGUGCCGAUACCUUCAACAACUAUGUCCUCAUCUCCAUCCUGGUAGCUGUCCCUUGGUUCCUCAGCCGCAAGGUUGGCGGUGGACUCAAGACCACCAUCUUCUUCGCCCUCAUAGUCGAUCUUCCCCUGCUCGCCGCUUGGUGGCUUGUCAUCUCCUCCAUCAGCCCUCGCAAGAAUGAGAAGGUUCGCCUUCCUAACCGUGGUGUCGAGCACUACCUCGAGUUCAAGAAGGAGGCCGACCGCCUCAAGUACCGUGGCAGCAACAAGAUCCCCAUGGAGACCUUCCACGAGAUGUACUUCGAUGGUGAUGUUGACUUCAAGGGUGACUGCCUCGAGGUUAUGGAGUACCGCCACGACUGGGCCAGCUUCCGCUUCACCAUUGGUCUCAUCAAGUUCUUCCUCUUUGGCAUGAUUCCUGAGGUUAUCAUGCACACUCGCUCUCAGGACGAGGAGCAGGUCCGUGACCACUACGACCGUGGUGAUGACUUUUACGGCUGGUUCCUUGGUCCCCGCAUGAUCUACACUUCUGGCAUCAUCUCCGACAUCAACCGCGAGGAGACUCUUGAGGAGCUCCAGGACAACAAGCUUACUGUCGUUUGCGAGAAGAUUGGCCUCAACAAGGGUGACUCUAUGCUUGAUAUUGGCUGUGGCUGGGGCACUCUUGCCCGCUUUGCCAGUGAGCAGUAUGGCGCCCACGUCACCGGUGUCACUCUUGGCCGCAACCAGACCGCUUGGGGUAACAGCAGCAUGCGCAAGGCCGGUAUCCCCGAGGAGCAGAGCAAGAUCCUCUGCAUGGAUUACCGUGAUAUUCCCGUUCCCGAGGGUGGCUACAAGAAGAUCACCAGCCUUGAGAUGUCUGAGCACGUUGGUAUCCGCCACUUCGGUAGCUUCUUGAAGCAGGUCCACGACAUGCUUGAUGAUGAUGGUGUCUUCUUUCUUCAGUACGCUGGUCUCCGUAAGGCUUGGCAAUACGAGGAUUUCACCUGGGGUCUUUUCAUGAACAAGUACAUUUUCCCUGGUGCUGACGCUUCUACUCCUCUCGGCUGGGUUGUCGACAAGCUGGAGGGUACCGGCUUCGAGAUCAAGCACAUCGAUACCAUCGGUGUUCACUACUCUGCUACUCUCUGGAGGUGGUACCGCAACUGGAUGUCCAACCGCGACAAGGUUGAGGCCAAGUACGGCAAGCGAUGGUUCCGUAUCUGGGAGUACUUCCUGGCCUACUCCACCAUCAUCUCGCGCCAGGGUAGUGCUACUUGCUUCCAGAUCACCCUGGUCAAGAACAUCAACUCCACCCACCGAGUUGAGGGCAUUGAGACCCAGUUCGCCAUCACCGGAGCUCUGGACAACUGCCGCGCUGAUCUCCAGUCGUGGGCUCAGAGAAACAACGUCAAGACUCCCUCCGAGUACCUGUAAAGGUAUGAUCGAGAGGUCGACAGUGACUGGUCAAGUCUUGAGCCGUGCCAGACGCGGCAAGAAUUUAAUGGAAUGUCUUAUUAUAAGAGGCCAGCUUUGAGUCUUCAGUCACUUACUCAUGUGACGGUCAACUCAGGAAAUGGGAACUGGAUCUAUCUGCAUAUUUAACCCGGAAUGCGCCCCCUUGGCCAAUAGAGUCGGUUGAGGCUGGUCCAGUCGCAAAGGGCAAGCUUCAUGUGUUUCAUGAUAGAUGUGUAACGGCAACAUAAAACAAACGGAAUGGGUAUGGAUAAGUAUCUAUAUAGAUGCUAUAUAAGGAAUGAAUCGAAAAGUUUGUUCGUGUUGACUUGAUCG